CUUUUAUUAUAUAGGAUAUGUAUUUUGCAAUAAUGUACUUUGGCCCAGGUAAUAUUCUAAAUUCUGUAAAUAGAGUUACAACCAAGAAAAACAAGAUUCAUCAGAGCUCACAUUCCAGUGGGGGAAACAAAUUAUUAAGUCUCUAAUGGACCUUGAGCUCUAUGAAGGCUCAGUUUAUUUGUCACCUUGAGGCCUAAUCAGGGCUUGGCAUGUGGAAGUACUUAAUAAAAGUUUGUUUGAUAAAUGAUAGAGGAGCCAACCUGGAGUUGGGACAAGGACUGGGUAGGAGCUGGUGAGGGCAUGGUGGAUCAAGCCUGAAGUAUACAAUGAAGAGAUCAUGCAUCUAGAUCAAGACAAGGUCCUGUGGGGAUAGGCUAGAGAAUUUAGACGCGGGUGCUCCCUGGAUCCCAAGUGCCCCGUGCUUGAACUUUAUAGGUAAGAUUUAUGGAGCAAUUGUGGUAAGCUUUUCCAUUUACAGUGUUUACACGUACAUUAUCAUUUAAUCCUGGCCAAGUACCUAUUAUUAUCCUCAAUUUACACUGGAAGGAACUCAAGCCCAGAGUCUGUUAUCUUAGGACCCACAUCAUUGCUCAGUGUGGGAGCUAGGAAGAGUUCUGACCCCAGCCUCCCUUCCCGAUACCCAGGCUGCCUCUUCCUACAACCUGAUCCUAUAAGGAAGGGAAAUACAGAGACGUGUCAUUGCCACCGAACUUCCCAAAUCCUCUUAAUCUGGUUUCUCACCCCUGAGGUGCUGCCCUCUGGGGCAAAGGGCACAGGGUAAGGGGCCUUAGAUUAAUGAUUAACCCUUGCACUUCAGUGCACCGCGGACUUCUCUUCCUUCUGGGAGGCGGAGGGAUAAGGCCUGGGUAGGAGCUGGUGAGGGGUGGUGGUCCCAGUAGCGCCCAUGGGGGUCGUGCUGCUUCCACAGGUCUCCAGGCGCUGGCUCCGCCAUACAAUUCCUCUUGCCAUUUUCGCGCUGCUACUUUUUUAUCUCUGUACUCGGAGCCUACGUGAGUGGCCUCUUCCCCCACCUUCUCUGGCAGGAACCCAGGAAUCCAGGUCCUGGGGACCUAAGGCCCCUCUUCGAGUCCUCACCGCCCCGCCUUGUCUCUCCCCAGGCGCCCUCUCGGGCUGCGGAUCGGGGGCCCAGCCCUGCGUUACUGAGGGACCUCCGCCUUCACAGAUCCGGCAACAGUUGGGAUCCCUGGAGGCCCCGGAGCGGGAAGAGCCUCGGUGUCUGGGCCCCGAGGGGAUGCUGGGCCGCUUGGUGAGGCCGUUCCGCGCUAGUCUGAGCCUGGAAGGGGAUGUGGAGUUGUCGCAGUACCUGGCGGGAUGGAGGGAGCUCAUCAAAUUCCUAACUCCCUUCGGCUCCAUCUUCACCUUCGCCACCAGCGAAGCCUUCACCAAAGUGACAGCCCUCGAGGCUCGGGUGCACGGCCCAGAUGCCGCGCACUACACAUCGCUGGCGACCAUGGCUGCGUGGGAGCGGAGGGCGGGACUGCUGGAGAGGCCUGGGGUCGCCCCUCCGGACUCGGCCAAGGCCUCGGGCUCACGAACGACUCUCCUGCUGCACCGUGCGCUACGCUGGUCUCAGCUCUGA